UGUGCCCAAGUCCAUCUGUCACUUGCCUACGAGAAUUCAGACGUUAGAACACUUAACAUUCAGGGAUGUGGCCAUAGAAUUCUCUCCAGAAGAGUGGAAAUGCCUGGACCCUGCCCAGCAGAAUUUAUAUAGAGAUGUGAUGUUGGAGAACUACAGAAACCUGGUCUCCCUGGGUGUUGCUAUCUCUAACCCAGACCUGGUCACCUUUCUGGAGCAAAGAAAGGAGCCCUACAAUGUGAAGAUACAUGAGACAGUAGCCAAACACCCAGGUAGGUGA